GGAGCUCAACAUAUGACUUCAGUUGUGUUGUGGAUACCCGCGAAGUAAGACCGUGUGUUAAAGUGAGUUAGACAGUCUCUCGCGAAAAUCUCCUAGAUAGACAUUAAGGCACGUGCUACAUAUUUUAUCUGGUGAAAGAAGUUCUUAUACGAGAGAUUGAGUGCAAUUUUCCCUUCUGCCGAGACAAAGUGUGAAAUUGUGAUCUCGUAGGAACUCUCAAGUGAACCACAAUUGAACCAAUUUUGCGUGGUUGUUUCUUGCAAAGGAAUUUUCUCUGGACAUAUUGUGCAAUGGUGCAACAGUGACCGAGACAAUCGUGAGUGGAUUGUAUGGAUUGUUGAUGUAACUCCUCGUGUGAUCAAAAAGGCAGAGAUUUGAGGGAAGAACCCAGAGUCACAGAAGCAGCAAUAAAAUACAACAGAAACCUGUUCUGAAAGAGGUCAAAGUGGUGGCGGAAGAGACGAAAUAGCAUGUUAUGGAGCAGUGGCAAGGCCUGGCCACUUCAUUGAGUUGUCGCUGAAUUGGGUUCAAUCCGUGAAUGAGGUGUGAGUCGCAUCCAGUGCGAUUGCAUAGUGUGUGAGACACCUCUAAAAGCGUUCAACGUGGUCAUUCAACGCGCGCGCUCACCACAAGCAUAGAAAAUAUGGUCAGUGGGACACAAGCCGGCUGCCUACUCUUGCUGGCCAUUGCCAUCGUCUGCGCGGAGGAGAAUCACUCAAGUCGUGGAAUUCCUCUGGUGACGUCACCGCUCAAACUCUCCACCACAGAAGCGUAUCCGCGAUAUGAGAAGGUACCAACAACAAAGUUGCAAAAAAUCACUGAAGAUACUGACCAGAACACGGGAAAGUCACCGAAUGAGGCCAGGAAAAUUUUACCAAGUGUAGGGAAUGAGCUAUGGGAUGGCCUCCUUCGUGACUGUCUGCGGAAGCCAACUUUCAGCUGUUUCCAGAAAAAUGUCUUCAACUACUUAGAUGGUGCACUAGCUCUGGCCGAUGUGAAUGUCACCCAGAAUUUCGCCUUCCUGCGGAAUGGUGUCGACUACGAGCACAUCAGCAAAGAGGCUAAUGACCAGGAGAGAAGUGAAAAUGAAAUAUCCGACACAGAUGAUGAGGAGGAGCCCCGAUUGGCAGAAUCGCCAAUUGAGGAGGUAACAAAUGCUCUCUACGGCAAGGGUGUAAAGUUCAUGAUGACGCAUGAUGUGCAGAUGAAAAUGCCCGAAAUGUUCUUCGAUGGAGCUACACUGAAAAUUUCCCCACGAUCUUUUGAGGGAAAUGGUGCCCUUGUGAAAUUGGAGUUGGUUCCUCGAACUGAUCUCGAGCCCAGAGACACCGGUCGGAUAUUCUUCAAGCAUAUAAAGAAACAUUUGAAAAACAAACUUCUACUGGGAUUUUUGGCUGUGGUGUUAAUUAUCAAGCUGAUUAAGAUCAAGGUCUUCUGGAUCCUGCCCUUGAUCGUGGGUGUCACAACAGCCAAGAAGUUGAUGUUAAAGUUCAUGCUCUUCCUCUUCCCUGCACUUUCACACAUCUUCAAGUUGUGUUCUUGGUACCAUCAUACAUACCAUCAGACCAAAUUCCAUCAUCAUCAGCAUCACAUCAAUCAUCUCCACACGCCAUCAUCUCAACAGGUGAUUCCACCAUGGGCCUACGAGCAUGAACACCAACACCAUGGACCAGUUUACCAUCACAGUGCAGGACCAGGUCCUGAACUGAUCUACACCAAACCACCGACUGGACAUCCAGCUGACUAUCUUCAUGGGGCCACAACUGCUGGACACCAACACUUCCACAACGAUUGGGACUUUACUGGUCCAGGUUUAGGAGCCGAGUAUAUUAGUGAUAGAAACUCACAUGGUAACACCUUCAAACCCAAGUUAGAUGAUGCAAAUGAAAUCAGUUCUUGGGGUCUGGCAUCCACAGUAUCCCCUCCUCACAGUAGUCACAGUCACCACACAAAUCCCCUACUUCAAGAUCCAUCCAGGAAUUUUACGCCUAGAAGUCCAGUAUAUCCGGCGCCAGUUUAUGUCCCCAAACGAGGCCAAACCGCAUCAAUAAUUGCUGCUCAGUACAAUCCAAAUACUGCCGAUGUACAAUUGAUCCGCGAAGCCCAACGUCAGGAAGCACUUAGAAUUCAGGCAGAACAAAAACUCAUAGCGGAUCAGCAGAAAAUCCUCCAUCAUCAACCAUUUGCACAAGAUCCCCAGCAUCAACAGAAUUUCUUGCGGAAUUCAUCACUUCUUGUGGAUCCUUUUUACGGGCCAAUUUUGCAACGGAUCGACAAGAUAUUCCUCCAGAUGGGCAUUGUGGAAGAAGGCUGCAAGGAGAGACUCGUGUGCAGCAUGUAUAAGAACCCAGCAAGAUUUAGUCCACACAGUAAUUUCAUAUCCGCAGAACUUAGCAGAGAUACAAAUGAACUUCAGAAACCAACAUCUACUAAUACUGCUGUAAUACGAUUUUAUAAGUACGUCCAAGCAGCUAGGGAUGGACAAGAUCAAGGAGAUUGCCUUCGACACUAUCCACAAUGCUCAAUUACAACUGAACGAUAGGCUUCCAAAAUAAAAACUAGUGUAGCCUGCAACAUAAAAGAUUUUAUACAGAGAAGAACUCACCUUGUAAAUAGACAACAUACUAGAUAAGAUUAAUUUAUAACAUAAUUUAUUGCUUUAUUUAUUAUUAUUUAUUUCCUUUUAGAUUUUGUAAAUAAAUAUAGAUAACAAUUGGGAGAAUAGUAGGGUGUAAUUUUUUAAAAUAUCCCCAAAGAUAUUUAUUUUUUUACAUGGGAAGAUAAUGUUAAGAAUAAAUUGGAUUAUUUAUUUUAGGCUAAAUUAUUCUGUAUGGAUAUGUUUCAAGUUGUAGUAAAAUAAUUUUGUAAAAUUGUUUUAAUAGAGGGAUUCUAGUGCAUUAAUUAAGAUUGAAACAGAAGAUUUCUGUGAAUUAAAUAGCUUAGAUAGAAGGUGAUUGAAUUAUACCUAUUACAUUCAAAUCAAAUAAGGGUUACGAGUCAUUUUACUUUAUCAACCAUUGUAGACAAAUUAGUCUACGUAUUCAAGUUUAAAGGUGAAUGAAUAAGGAUCAAGUUUAUUUAUUGUAAACCGAGUGAUGGGUAUUUAUUUAGCAAGUGUAGAUUGCAGCAUAUCAAGUCUUAAAAGAAAGCAGACAAAUUGAAUGACUUGUGAAAAUGAUUACAAUAAAAGUUUUUAUCUAGAA